UACGUUUUUCGCCCCUUCUCUCCUCCCACCUCCCCCCCUUCCCUCCAUCUCUCCCUCUCGUUCGCACCACAUCCGCUCACUUUCUCCGCCAGCCUUCAAACACGCUGCAGGAUGUCUAUAGUGAAUAUUGUUGCCAGGGAGAUCCUGGACUCCAGGGGAAACCCCACUGUGGAAGUAGACCUGCACACAGACAAAGGUCUUUUCAGGGCUGCCGUGCCCAGCGGUGCAUCCACCGGCAUCUACGAGGCCCUGGAGCUCAGAGAUGGAGACAAGACGCGCUACAAGGGCAAAGGUGUGACCAAGGCUGUUGCUCACAUUAACGACACCCUUGGACCUGCCCUCAUCCAGGCCGGAAUCAGCGUGCUGGAGCAGGAGAAGCUGGACAACGUGAUGAUUGAAAUGGACGGCACUGACAACAAAUCUAAGUUUGGGGCCAAUUCUAUUCUCGGAGUAUCGCUGGCCAUAUGUAAGGCUGGUGCGGCAGAGAAAGGUGUCCCCCUGUACCGUCACAUCGCUGAUCUGGCAGGAAACACAGAGCUGGUCCUCCCGGUCCCUGCUUUUAAUGUGAUCAACGGCGGCUCCCAUGCUGGUAACAGACUGGCCAUGCAGGAAUUCAUGGUGCUCCCUGUCGGGGCGGAGUCCUUCCGUGAUGCUCUGCGCGUGGGAGCGGAGCUCUACCAGACACUGAGAAGCGUCAUCAAGGAGAAGUACGGUCAGGAUGCCACGAAUGUGGGAGACGAGGGAGGGUUCGCCCCGAACAUACAGGAGAACAGUGAAGCCCUGGAGCUGAUAAAGACGGCCAUCGAGAAAGCAGGCUUCACAGAUAAAGUGGUGAUAGGGAUGGAUGUCGCUGCUUCAGAGUUCUUCAUCGAGGGCAAGUACGACCUGGACUUUAAGUCUCCACCUAACGCUGCCCGUAACAUCAGUGCUGAGGAGCUGGCCAGCAUCUACCAGGGCUUCAUUAACAACUACCCAGUGGUGUCUAUUGAAGAUCCUUUUGACCAGGACGACUGGCCUGCUUGGUCCCAGUUCACAACCUCAGUGGGUAUCCAGGUGGUUGGAGACGAUCUGACGGUCACUAACCCGCGCAGGAUACAGCGAGCUGUGGAGGAAAAGGCCUGCAACUGCCUGCUCCUCAAAGUCAACCAGAUUGGGUCUGUUACAGAGGCCAUCAAAGCGUGUAAGCUGGCCCAGGAGAACGGCUGGGGCGUGAUGGUGAGCCAUCGUUCCGGAGAAACAGAGGACACUUUCAUAGCUGACCUGGUGGUUGGUCUCUGCACUGGACAGAUCAAGACUGGAGCUCCAUGUCGAUCUGAGCGUCUGGCCAAAUACAACCAGCUCAUGAGGAUUGAGGAAGAGUUGGGUGACCAGGCCCGCUUUGCUGGGCACAACUUCCGCAACCCCAGUGCUAUUUGAGUGCCACUAGCAGCGGCAUGCAAGGAUGCACACGUGCAGACAAAUCCCGUUAUAAUUCCCUGUCAGCAAAGCUCUAAACACACAAAUACACAUUUAAAGGCAUCAUGAUAUGUUUUCACAUUAAUUACGUGCAUAUGCUAUACAAUGCAUUCUAGCUUCAGAGCAUUGAACAUACACUUCAAAAAGUGAUUCACUACAACUACCAGUAGCAAGUCCUAUAAAUAGCCAGGUAAUAAAUAAAUACAGAUCUGUUUCACUUCUCGGCAAAGUCUCACUUCCCCUGAUGGCCUUGUUGGUUUCUCUCUCUUCGCUGACCUCUUUGACUGUCUCCUUUUCACUAACUGCAGAAGUGUGUUGAUCUCUUGUUCCCCGUUGCUUCCUCUUCCUCAUGUUCUGCAGCUUGCUACAAAAUGGUGUCUGUUGCUUUGUCUGUUGAAGGUUAAGCCCAAUAAAAAGAGAUGGAUCUACAAUAUGUUAACUCUAA